CCCGCGGCCCCUCACAUCCGCGUCCGGAGGCGCAGAUGGGCGGAGCCAGCUCGGCCCGUCGUGCCGCGGAUCUCCCCUCGCCCUCCCGCGGGCCGCGGCCUGCCAUGACCAGCAUCGGGGAUCUCCCCGAGGACGUGCUGGUGGAGCUGCUGUCGCUGCUGCCCGCCCGGGAGCUGCUCCGCACCUGCCGGCUGGUGUGCUCGCAGUGGCGCUACGUGGUGGACCUGAACACCCUGUGGAAGCGCAAGUGCCAGCGCGACGGGUUUUAUCGUCAGAGCUACGACAGGAGCAUCUCUGACUGGAAGAUCUUCUAUAUGCUCUGCCACAUGAAGAAAAACUUACUCAAAAACCCUCGUGCUGAAGAGAACUUCCAGCACUGGACACUUGAUGCCAAUGAAGGAGAUAAGUGGAAAAUUGAGGAUCUGCCUGGAGCUCAUGGAAGUCAUAUGUCAGACCCCAGAGUACACAAAUACUUUGUCACUUCAUAUGGGCCAUGCUUCAAGUCUCAACUCAUUACCCUGGAUAAAGAAGGCUAUUGGAAUCAGCUGAUGGAUGAGAUACGGCCUGAAAUUACAGUCAAGGACUGGUACGCUGCCAGGUUUGACUGCGGGUGCCGCUACGAGCUCACCGUGAGGCUGCUCUCCAGAGACUGGAUCUGCCUGGAGGAAUUCCAUCCUGAGCCAGUGGUCAUUGAGCAGUGGAGUGAUGCCAAGUGGAGAGAGAUUUCUCACACCUUCCAGAAUUACCCAGCAGGAGUUCGUUACAUCUGGUUCCAGCACGGAGGCCAGGACACGCAGUACUGGGCAGGCUGGUACGGGGUCCGUGUGACAAACAGCAGCAUCACCAUUGGGCCCCCAAGCUCACUGUGAGGCACUGUGCAAGGCUUUGCUUUUACCUCAGGACUGGAACCAAGUGGCCUCAGGUGCACUGUUUGCCUGUUCUGUCUGGGUGUGUGCUAGCUUUGUCUUGCAGCUCUUUUUCACAGUAGAAUUUCGGCAGGCCCAGCCCUUUAAAGGGUGUUCUGUCUUCAUCUUCCAUUCUCUUCUAUCAUGGAUGCUACUGCAGUUACUGCUGCCCUUCCAGAGAAAAACUGGGACAAUUAAACAUGAGAUCUAUCUUUUCUAGUUAAUACAUUAUUAUGCUAACACACACAGUCUUAAAGACACUUUCAUGUUUAUGGAACAUAGGAAAGAUAAGGCUAAAAUGCUUAAUUUCAGAUUAUAAAUGGUAUCUACAAGGACUCUGCCACAGCUUGUCUUGUAUGGUAUUUUCUUUCCUGUUUCAGUGUUAAGAUGAUCUGCAUCAGACCUUUCAUAGCAUCAGGAAACUGUUACUCCUUGUUCCUAAGUGCUGUGUCACUGGUAGUGAAUUCCUUACCCUUUCUCUAAGUGUGUAUGAUCAAAAUGAUCCAAAACAGUCCCUUGGUGUUUGAAUAAACAGGUAGAGACAGAGGAGGUAAGAAGUCCCUUCAAGCAGCUGCCUAACAACACAAGUGCCUUUUGAUUGUGCUGGGCUUUUCUCACAUCACUUUUGGUUUAUACUGAGCAGUGUAACCCAAUAUAAAAUGUUAAAGCAGUGCCCAGAGUUGAUCUAUAAUGUUCCUACACUUGUUACUUGGAGGAAGCAGGAGGUGCUGGACAGGCCAGUGUACCAAAUUCUCAGACAAACAAGCUCAGCUUGUUUGAACUGUGUCUCCCACCCUUAUAUACCCAGAACUAAUGUUAAGGCCAUGUUCCAUCUCCUCUGACAGGUGUAGGAUUAUUAGUGCUUUCCUUGCUUAUUCUCAGUUAGGAAUAGGAUACUUGGCAGGUGUCCUUGCUGGACAGACAAAUUCCACAUUGCUAAUGCCACCUCUGAGUGAAAGGGGAGAGACCAAGGUUGUACAGCCUUUCACAGGAACUGACAGAGUCCACAUACAGGCCAGAAAAGAAAAUAAAAAUACUUCUUUGCUGAAGAAGGCAGCCUGGUUUUGACAGAACUCAGCCCAGUUCAACUGGGGUAAAACUUGGUAUUUAUUGAAGACUGCUUGGGAUGGUCACAGUGGACAGACACUACAUAAGGCCUCACUCCCCCUUAGCACAAGUGUUGCUCUCGUGGAUUGUGUGACAGCUCCUGGCUGUCUGUCACUGCCUGUGUGCAAUGGAGCUGCCCUUUCCAGGUGAGAACUGGACUGGUAAUAAAGCACUGACUCCCCAGGGAUGCACUGUAUCAACACCUGUGCUCUCACACAAGUCAAGAUGGGAACAGGCUCUGGCUCCCCAUUCCAAGUCAGUUCUUUUAUACAGUGGUAAGAGCACUUGAAAUAAAGAGGCAGCAGCUGCUCUACAUUCACCCAGAAGGCCAGCUGAAGAGAUGGUUAUCAAGAUACAGUUUGUGACAGAUCUUACUCCACUGGAAGAUCAGAUGAAGCUUGAAGGCAAGGAAGAUUUGAAAUCAGGUGCCUUUGUGAGCUCGCUCUUCUACGUAGAGCUGCAUCUGGAGAGAGAAACAAGCAACAGUCCUGUUGGUAUACAGGUAGGUGAAUGGAAAAAAAAAAGCCUGCAACAGCUGAAUAGGAAGUGCUUACACCUUCCCCCAUAACCAGGUUCCCUAUUUUACUAUGAGGAGUCUUGCCCUGCUUUGAUUACUGGCACAGACAUCUGCAGGACUAACCCACAGCUCAGCAGCAUGUUUUAAAGCUGUUACACCACAGAAAACUGCAGAGCUGAUGUCAGAGCAUUGACAGUUCAGAACCACAGCAGGUUCAGCACCUCUUGGUCAGGAUGCCCUGCUCACCUUUAGGAUGUCAGAUGUCAUGGUUUUCAGGGGAAUGAGCCGGGGGUCGUGCAUGUGCACGUCUUGCUCAUCAGCGAGGAUCCAAGGGAAAUCCUGGGGGCAGGAACACAAGGAGGUGUUACUGGCAGAACCCAGCAGUGCUGUGAAGUGAGCUCCUCCUCAGCACUUGUUUGGUGUAAAGUUGAGAGAGAGACAGAGUGGCUGAGGGAAGGAACAGGUAGUUCAAACCUUCCCCAACAACAAAAGUUAACGCUUGUCCCUGACGCUCAGCAUAACUGUCUUCAGUUACAGCAUCCAACUGAGAGGUGAACCCACUGCACUCACUGCAAAGGUGACAUCUCACUUCUUUAAAAGAUGCACUCUCUGCUGUCCUGAGCUACCAUGCCCAGUUCAUUACACCAAGAUUUAACUGCAACUCCAGAAUGCUUAAGGCAUGGUUUCCAUCCUGGCCUGGAAGAAUAAAGCCUCCCGUGUGUGAACCAGAACUGUGAAGGUGCAACCUAAGAGAAGUGUCAGGUUCCAGCUCAGGGCACAGCUCCCAGAGGAUCAGCCAAGCCAAGCAAGGCCAGGCAUGAGGCUGUUUGGAUCCAGGUGACAUUUACCUGGGGGGUUGUUGUCCAGCACAGCAUCACACACGCUGAUUUUCAGGAUGAAGGCACGCAGUAACUGCUCCACGUGGGACAGCAGGGACUCAGAACUGUGGAGGAGACAGCACUUGUUACUGGCAUGCAGCAAAGGCCUGAAGUUGCUCCCAAAAUGUCUCCCAGGGCUGGGUGUUGGAUGCCAGGGGCAAACAGGAGUGGAAACCUCACCUAAUGGAAAGAAGAGGUGGCUGGGUGAUCUCAAAGACAAAUCUCUCCACGGGGUGGUGCUCUUUGUCCAGAAUUACAACCACAACUUUCUCCACAUCGUUCUGCAGGAACCAAGACAGAAAAAUCCCUUCAUAUGAGCUGCCCACAGUGUGCUUCACAUUCUUUGAUGCAGUGGAGUACACUCAGUUGUUGGGGCUCACAGCACAAGCCCUUAUCCAAAACCUGACUUCAGAUUAUUCUUAGCAAUCCGAAAAAAAAUGUUUUUGCAAAGCCAUUUCUUGCUGGGAGUUAAGCUGCCAGCUUGUGGCUGAGGGUGAAGGAGAUGAAGUGUGCUAAACUGUAUGUUCCUCCAGAUCCUGUUUUGGAACAAAGGAGGAAAGGCACAGCCAUCUCCCUGCAUCACUCUGGGGUGGACACUGAUGAAGUUAAGAUCCAUUCAGAGCCUUGUCCAAACAGAGCAGCUUUGUACAACCCCAAUUUAGAACAGACCUAAUUCCAUUUUCUACAUGUGCAUUAAAAUUGUCUGUAAAGAGCAAGGCAUACAAAACCUGCCAGCAGCCUCCUGAAAUGUUUCAUUGGUCACACUCUUCUCUCAAAAAACCUGGAGUCCAGGCCUACCUUUGCUUCCUGGUUCUCAGCAAAACAUUCAAACUGUUCUGCCACAACAGGUGCUUAAACUCUGGUAGGAUGAUGUAACUGGAAAUAUACAGACAUGUGUCCUUGUGUGUGCUAUAUGAGACAGGCAAGGCAGGGUCUUAACUGCCAGGAAAGGUUAUGAUGUUUUUAGUUUUGUUAGGAACUUUUAUCAGCUAGUACAUUGUGUAUGGUAAAUUUUUUAAACAAAUGUUGCAGUUAAGAUAAUAUUUAUGUUCUCUUACUUUCUGUUAAAUCCACUUGCAGUACUUGUACCAGAUCCCCAGUCUGAGCUCACCUUCUCCAGCAGAGGCUUCACACAGUGCAGCGUGUCCUGGAUGUACUGGUUCAGCUCUGGGUGGCAGGACAUCUGCAGCAAACACAGGAAGAGUCAGAGCUGUGUUGGACAUGAGCCAGGACAAUGCUAAAAGGGAAGAUUUAAACAGAAGCACCAGUGUUUACAAGACAUUCAAGUCAUGCUUCAAAUAGUGCUGGGAAAUGCUGAGUUGCCCACUCAAAUCAGCAAUUGUUCAGGGCAGGGUUAACCAGCUGAGGCAGAUCACUGCACCCAUGCAGUUGUUGUGGAUCUGGAAUGUACACCCAGAACAGCACAUUGGGAAUAGCAUAUUCCAACCAUCCCUACUUCCUAGUAAACAUCAUUCCUGUUACCCCACUGCACAGAGCUGGGGCAGCCUUCUACUGCUGUUACCCAUGACCUGCUUGUCCCAUGAGCACUUUUUGUAUCCUCUCUAUGACAGGAACUAAGCUCUCCUCAAAAAUAAGUCUGUACAUUAAACAAUCACUUUGCAGAGUGUAA